UCAUUUCUUUCUGUCAGUUCUCUUGCAACAGCAACAGAUACAUUUACUGUUUAUAUGAAAAGACGCAUUUCUGAAUGAGAUAUCGCUUUAUUCCAUUAUCGCAUUCAUGUUUAUAGUGGAUGCAUUGCCGUUCCGUCAUCGACUUUAAAUCAUUGGAAAGAUAACUGGGGAAUGAUGCGUGAUUUUGGGAAAUUGUGGAGCAACAACUCUGAGGGUCACAGCAGUGAUCCUGAGGAUGAUGAUGAAGAGGAGAUGGCGUUCGGAGACAAUGAGGAAGACUCAGACGAGAUGAUGGACCUGAGUGAUCUACCUACAGCGCUGUUUGCAUGCAGCGUACAUGAGGCUGUUUUCGAAGAGGACAGGCAGCGGGAGCGUUUUGAAGCUCUGUUCAGGAUCUAUGACGAUCAGACGUCUUUCCAGAUGUUCAAGAGCUUCAGAAGAGUUCGGAUCAGCUUCAGCACCCCAGAGGCGGCUGCACGCGCACGCAUCGAGCUCCAUGAAUCUGAUUUUAACGGCACUAAACUAAAACUGUAUUUCGCACAGGUGCAAAACUCAGGUGAAGAUGUGGACAAGACAUACCUGGCCCCGCCUCAACCUGUCAAGCAGUUCCUUAUCUCUCCACCUUCGUCACCACCAGUAGGGUGGAGUCAAAGUGAGGACGCCACUCCUGUGCUCAACUAUGACCUGUUGUGUGCUGUGGCCAAACUAGGACCAGGUGAGAAGUACGAGUUGCACGCCGGCACGGAGUCCACUCCCAGCGUGGUGGUCCACGUGUGCGAGAGCGAAACCGAGGAAGAAGAGGAAGCUCGCCCCAAAUCCAAGAUCAUGCAGACCAGACGUCCCGACGGACCCCCAAAAGUCUACAACUAAAUUUUUGGUGGCAUCGCACACGUUCUCUCUCUCCCUUUCUCUCGUCCAGAGAAAGACGCGCUUUAUUUCGACAACAAAAGCUUAACUACGAAACGGAUGCAUUUGGAAGGGUGCUCGAUGCACCAGAGGCUCACGGUGUUCUGAACCGAACUAGUGGAUUUAACACCGUCUCACCCGUGCCUCACGGGACAGCCAGGGGGUGAUGAGUUUGCAACCACACCCCCUUCCCACAAUCACACCACUUUCAUUCCCUCAUUUAUAGUCUUUGUACUGUAGCAUUACCGAGCGGUAAUUGUAUUUAACAGUUGUAGUAGAUUACUCACAUCAUGUAAACUUUGUUACAGUUCAUCAAUGAAAAUGCUUUCGAAAUGAAAGGGAACUGUUUGUAUUUCCGGUUUCUCUCUGAUGGCUGCAUCCACGUUUAUCUCCAUAUCGGUGUGCCGGGUCUCACCGGUGUGUCUGUAUGUGUUUGCCAGGAUGGCGUGAGGUUUUCAGUGAAAGCGUUGAGAGGGGAGGUUUCGGAAAUGUUUCAAUUAUGUUGGUGGUGAUGAUGAAAGAUUUUGUGCGAGGGUGUUAGUUUACUAAGAUGGAUGUGCAUUAUUCUUAUUGUGUAUUUGAUACCACACUCAUUUUUGCAUGCUUACUGGUGUAUUUUAUACUCUGUUAAAGUAAAUGCUGUUGAGCAUAUCUGACCGCUGUCAGUAGGAUAAACUGGCCUUGGACACUGAAAAAAAAACUUUUUGGACUUAUGUAACUCACUCAUGGCCUGAUAAAAAGUUGUGUAGUGCAAAACUAAAGCACUUCGAGUUGGCACCCUUACUAGAUACUCUGUGUGUUUUAGGGGCUUUCUAGACUGCUUGCAUUGCUUAGCACUAGAAAUGUUGGUGAUCUCUGUAUAGAUUUAGUAAAUCUACAUUGACCUGC